GCGGGUGGGUGAGUAGGGGCUGGGGGUAGCGCGCGGCGUCCGGAGUCCGGCGGGGUUCCCGCCUCGGGUCGUCGGGGAGCCCAUGUCGGCGUCGCGGCGCCCCCUGGAGGAUUUGGGGAGGGGGAAGGAAGAAGAGACUAUUAUUGAGUUGGAUGAUGUCGGGGGUGCGGGAAGUGUGUGGACAAGCAGGCGUUGGCAAAAUGGGUUCAGAGGGAGUCACGAAUCGCACUGAACCAAAAAACGUCCAGCCAUUUCUUCAGUUACAAGCAAAAUGAAUAUUCCCAUGCUGCUCCAACAUCCUCAUCGGGACUUCCUUAAAGUCCUUUUAAGAACACUUUACCGACGUUACCACUUCAUCUUACCCUCAAGUACUCACCUCAGGUCAGGACUCCCAUGUGCUCAGCCAUUCAGUUAUCUCGGACUCCAUCAUGCAAAGUGGAUGCUGCCGUCAAAUGGUUUAACAAGAAAAUUAUGUCUGCAAACAACCUUAAAGGAACAGACAGAAGGACUUUCUGAUAAAGAACAAAGGCUUGUGGAUGAGCUUUAUACUGGUUUAAUCCAAGGGCAAAGGGCCUGCUUGGCGGAGGCCAUAACUCUUAUAGAAUCAACUCACAACAGGAAGAAAGAGCUAGCCCAGGUGCUUCUUCAGAAAGUGUUAGUCCGCCACAGAGAACAAGAGAAAUUAAAUAAAGGAAAACCACUAGCAUUUCGAGUGGGAUUGUCUGGGCCUCCUGGUGCUGGGAAGUCAACCUUUAUAGAAUAUUUUGGAAAAAUGCUUACUGAGAGAGGGCACAAAUUAUCUGUGCUGGCUGUGGACCCUUCUUCUUGUACUAGCGGUGGAUCACUCUUAGGUGAUAAAACCCGAAUGACUGAGUUAUCAAGAGAUAUGAAUGCAUACAUCAGGCCAUCUCCUACUAGAGGUACUUUAGGAGGUGUGACAAGGACCACAAACGAAGCUAUUCUGUUGUGCGAAGGAGGUGGAUAUGACAUAAUUCUUAUUGAAACCGUGGGUGUGGGGCAGUCGGAGUUUGCUGUUGCCGACAUGGUUGACAUGUUUGUUUUACUACUGCCGCCAGCAGGAGGAGAUGAAUUGCAGGGUAUUAAAAGAGGUAUAAUUGAGAUGGCAGACCUGGUGGCUAUAACCAAAUCUGAUGGAGACUUGGUCGUGCCAGCUCGAAGGAUACAAGCAGAGUACGUGAGCGCGCUGAAAUUACUCCGCAGGCGUUCAGGAGUCUGGAGACCAAAGGUAAUUCGUAUUUCUGCCAGAAGUGGAGAGGGGAUCACUGAAAUGUGGGAUACAAUGAAAGAAUUCCAGGAUGUGAUGCUUGCCAGUGGGGAGCUGACUGCCAAGAGACAGAAGCAGCAGAAAGUUUGGAUGUGGAACCUCAUUCGGGAAAAUGUGGUAGAACAUUUCAGGACCCACCCCACAGUCCGGGAACAGAUUCCUCUUCUGGAAAAAAGGGUUCUCAGUGGGGCCCUGUCCCCAGGACUAGCAGCAGACCUGUUGUUGAAAGCUUUUAAGAGCAGAGACUAAUGAAAUACAUCCUAUCCAAUAACUUUAUAUAUCUUUUCAUACAUGUAAAGUUAUUGGAUAGGAUGCACUUCAUUUUAAUAAAGUAUUUUAAUAUUAAAAGUCA